AUGUCAUCAGCAUAUGGAAAAAUUGAUCGACCAAAAGAAUAUAACUCAUCAAAAUUAGAAUCAUUACUUCCAAUAGAAAGUACAACUAAAUCUAAUCAAUUAGUAUCUGUUCAUUCAUUAACUACCAUUCUACAACAAUUAGAAGAUGAAUCAAAAUUAAUAUCUUAUUUACAAUCUUUAUUAAACAAAGAAAUUGAAGCCGGAAAUACUUACCCACAAAAAUUUCCACUUAAUUUAUCUGAAUUCAAGACUUAUUUCUUAUCUGGAGAUGCUUUCAUUGUUAUUAAUAGUGGAAAAACAUUAUCUAUCGAUUUUUCUAAUAAUCUAGAAAAAACUAUAUUAGGUACAUUUUAUAUUAAACCAAACUUUCCUGGUCGAUGUUCUCAUAUCUGCAAUGGAGGUUUUAUCACAUCGGAUAUGUAUCGAAAUCAAGGCAUUGGUAAAAUUAUGGCAUUAGCCUUCAUUGAAAUAGUUCCAUUAUUAGGUUAUAAAGCUUCGAUGUUUAAUUUAGUAUUUGCAAAUAAUACACCUAGUAUUCGUCUUUGGAGAUCAUUAGGAUUUCAAGAAAUUGGAAGAGUUCCAAAAGCUGGUUAUCUUAUCAAAAAUAAAGAAACGACAGAACAAACAAAUACAGAAAUAGAAGAAGAAUUUGUGGAUGCCAUUAUGUUUUAUUAUAGUUUUACUUAA